CUGCAAUGGAGGGCGGCACAUCGGCCAUCACUUGUGAUGGUGCAGACGUCAUCAAGAGAUGUCUCACUAUUAAUAGAAGAGAUGAUCAGUCGAGAGAUUUAUCAACUUACUACGAGAUUGAAGACUGCGCAUCAUGGAUACGUGAACACGAUUUCAAAGUGGUGGCGCUGCAGUUCCCAGAUGAGCUCCUUGAAGACUCGGCUGAUGUCACAGCUCUUCUUUCCUCCUUGACUGAAGCAAAGCUGUUCAUACUAGGAGAUACUACCUAUGGCAGCUGCUGUGUGGAUGUCAUUGCAUCGCAACAUGUGCUUGCAACAGCCGUCAUACAUUUUGGACGAGCAUGCUUGAGUUCGGUAUCCGAAGUACCAGUUCGAUACGUGUUUGGUCAGGAAAAUCUGGAUGCGAAGGACUGCUGUGCUAAAUUUCAACAGCUUUAUCCAGAAACGGAAACAGCAGUCGUGGUUUUCUAUGAUGUUGUGUACAGCUAUGCGAUAGAUCAGAUCAAGACGGUGCUGUUGAGCCAAUACACAAAUCUAAUAUUUUCCAAUUUGAAACUGUCACCGGAGGCGAGACCAGAAAUCGACGAGUCUCGAUUCACGAUCAUCGUGAAGGGCGGUCGAACGUUCGCGCUGCCCUCUAGCGAGACCGAAUCCAACUACCAGAUGUUCUUCGUCGGCGGCGAAUGUCUCGCGCUCACCAACCUGAUGCUGACGUUCAACAAGUGCGCGUUCAGCACGUACGACCCAGCAGGUGGCGCCGCCCGCCGCGAGACGCUCUCCGUCAACAAGCGCCUCAUGCGGCGCUACUACAUGGUCGAGCGGGCGAAGGACGCGCGCGUCGUCGGCGUCGUCGCCGGCGCGCCGGGCGUCGCGGACGUCGUCGCGGCGAUCGAGCGCGUGCGCGACGUCGCGCGCCGCGCGGGAAAGAAGCCGUACACGCUCGUCGUCGGGAAGCUGAACGCGGCGAAGCUCGCGAACUUUGCGGAGAUGGACGUGUUCGUGCUCGUCGCGUGCGCCGAGAACACGCUCGUUGAUGCCGGCGACCUCUACCGGCCGAUCGUGACGCCGUUCGAGAUGGAGCUCGCGUGCAACGCGGCGCGCGAGUGGACCGGCGACUACGUGACCGACUUCAGGGAACUCUUGCCGGGUUCGACCAUGCAUGUGCCAAUGUCAGAGGAAAGCAGUGAUGCAUCUGUUGACGUCUCUCUCAUUACGGGAAAAACGAGGAGCAUUGGGAUCACAGAGGAAUUGACACUGGGACAAAGUACUACUGCUGUCAUCGACAGAAAUUCGAGUCUGACCAUGGUAGCCGAGUCCUCCACCGCAGCGGAGUAUUUAGAACAGCGGUCGUGGAGAGGACUGGAGCAAGCACUGGGCGAGACAGCUGUCUCGAAAGCCAAGGAGGGUAGAAGAGGCAUCGCAGCAGGCUAUGAGAACGAACCUGCCAGCUAACCCAGAUUCCGUAGCAUGGAAGAGUCUGACAUAGCACCCAUGACCACCAGAUCUGAUUAAUUAAUGCCGAUGUUAAUGAGAAUAGCACGUGGUCAACCUUCAAAUUGUUAACAGAAUAGUGAAUGCAAUAUAUAUGCAUAUAAAGUUUCCAAAUUA